UUUGUUUUUCACGAUUCUCUCUACCUCGAUAUAACACUACUGGAAACUCUUCUUGUCGACGACAAGUUCGACUGUAGCUUUGCUUGUGUUCAUAACAAACUCUGUAUUUCCUUCAACUUGGCAGAGACGUCAGCAGAAAAACUUUGGUGCGAGCUUCUUCCAUCUAGUAUCUAUAACAACACAGGGAAAAUCGUUUUAAAUUUUAAAUUUGAUCAUUACAGCAUACAGACUAGUAGCAAACCUACAAUAAUUGAUGUAGCCUUAUAUGUAAUUGCGUUUUUUUUUACAACUUACGGUGAACCACAGACGAGAGUUAUCUCGCUAGAAGUGAAGAUAUAAAAGAGAAAAAGAAUAAAAGUGGGUUGUUUUUUUUUUACUUAAUUCUUCGAUUCAGCCACUUAACAUAUAUGUUUUUAGGCUUAUAUCUGGCAGUUCGAUUUCUAUUUUUUUUUGUUUCUUUCAAAUGUUAACCGGCAUUUUUUUGUAAUCCCGAAGAGCUUUUAAAUACUGUUAGUAACUGACUGUUUGACUUAUUGCUUCCACCAAAAAUGCAUUUGACUGGUAGAGCAAACUAUACCAAGAAAAUGACGCUUGAGAACUUCGAAAAAAGCUACUAACAGUCAAGGUUGUUGGUUGUAUUAAUAGGCUCUCAGAUUAAAGUGCUAGCAUUGAUAAUGAGGAAGAGCAGAACGUUUGUUUCCAUUAUAAUCACAAUCAUUGUGUUUUAAUGUAAUGAUUUUUUCCUGCAGAAUCCUUGUACUAAUGUUCCUUGUUUAAACAAUGGGAUGUGCUCCCUGAUUUCGUUCAGAGAGGCAACGUAUAGUGGCACUUGUCUUCCUGGAUAUUUUGGCGAUGAGUGUGAAAUCUGUAAGUUAACGUACAUUUACUUGAAGUUAACAAAACACCAGUUUCGUGAUAUGAACAAGCUAUUAAAAUUUACAAGAACAACUAACAACCAGCUCAAAUUGUUAGAUACCCAAGCUUCUAGUUAGAGCUGUUCUCCUCGGCUUUGUGUUGUAUGUGAAUACAAAAUAGCGGAACCCUUUUGCUUUUUUGUUAAUUCAAAUGCACCAGAGUGCCGGGACUAUAACAUCCUCAGUCAACCCAAUCGACACCAGUCUUUUGGCCGAGGUACUAACUCAGACAGCAAUCUUGUCCCUGGCUGGUAUCGCUUCCAAUCAAGUUCAUACUCAAGAAUGGUAGACAAUUGUAUUCAGGUCCACAGGUGCACUACAGAUAUAACUGGGUGGCUAAAAGGUGGCCACCCUACAUUUAAAGAUGGCAUCGUGGACAGGGAAGCUUGCUUCCACGGUUUCAGGGAGUUAUAAUAACUCCUCUAGUGGGGCUAAUUUAACUACUUACAGUAGAGUUAUUUUUCGUGGAGUUACUUUAACUCCAAAAAGGAGUUUAAAGAACUCUUUUUCAGGAGUGAAAGUGACCCCAGAUAUUGAGGAGUUAAAAUAACCCCAAAAAAGGAGUUAUCCUGUACCUAAAAUUUUUACUCCACUUUCAGAGUUAAAUUCACUCCAAAAAGAGUAAAAACAACCCAUGUAAGGAGUACAAGUAACCCCAUUUCGGAGUAAUUUUAACUCCAGACUGGGAGUAAAAAGAACUCUUUUUCAGGAGUAAAAAUGACCCCAAAUUCGGAGUUAAAUUAGGAGUUAAAAUAACCCCAAAAAAGAGGUUAUCCUGUACCUAAAAUUUUUACUCCAUUUUUGGAGUUAUAAUAACUCCCUAAAAAUUACGGUGUGUAUGAGUUAAACCCGUCACCUGAAGGCAGGUAUCGCUACUGCGCAAGAGGAUGAACGGUACCAGGUCCUUUAAUAUGACUUGAGGAACUCUGGAUCGUAGAAAAGGGAUAUAAUGUCGAGGACGUUGUGAAUGCGAAAACUACUCAUGUCGUUAAUAAUGAUACAGCAAUAAGGAAAUGAUUUAUCUUGCCCUAGCUGAGGCCCUCAAUCCAGUUUUAACCUUAUCUCUCUCCCUUUUUUUUGCAAAAGAAUCUAGUUUAGAAGGACUUCUUCUAGAUAUGUACUAGAUAUUUUUACAACCAGCUAUACACUAAGGUCAUCUUCGGAGACCCAGGGGCUGUUAGUCGGGUCGGGAGAAGCGGCGCGAAGAUAGUUUUCAAGCCGUGCUUGGUUACCAUCCUUAUACCGUUGUAUUGCUUCCUAUCUGCUGUUGGCAUGAUAUUUAUCAUUUAUUUUUUAUCUUUCCGGCUGGUACCGCUUCCAGUCAAGUUCAUACUCAAGAAGGCUAGACAACUGUAUCCCGGUUCGCAAAUGCAGCUCUGAUCUGACUGGGUGGCUGAAUGGCGAACAUCCCACCUUUGUAGAUAGUAUCGUGGGGAGGGAAGUUUGUUUCCACGGAUUAUUAAACUGUUGUUACUGGACAGUUCAGAUACGCGUUAGAGAGUGUCAGGGUUACUAUGUGUAUGAGUUAAACCUGUCACCGACAGAAAGGUUCAGCCGCCAUUGUGCAAGCGCGUGA